GUUGGGGAGGCUGGGAAGUGACGCCAUGCAAAUAAACACGCUAUCCCCGGGGUGACGCACGGACCCACUGGGGGUUUCAGAACACCAAACGCGACUUCGCCAACAUCAACCUAUGGCCAGCGCAUGAUCAGGGAAUUCGUGGCAUGAAGAACAGGGAUCGCAUAAUAUAUACCGCGCCUGGCCUGGCGCUUUGCACGGCUUGCAUCACUCAAUCCUCACAGCAGCACGCCAACGGCCCUCAUCAUGGAUCCUUUCUACGAUGUAUCCUGCCUUCGAAUUCAAAGGCGGACGGUAAGCAUGCGUCGGCUGAUGAACUUCCGUGGGCAGAAAGGCCUCUUUACCUAUUGGUGAGUUGGCAUGGCCUGACACAACUCAUCUCCGGACGGUCCAGCUUCUCGAGAUGUGAACAGUCAUCUUCAUUGACCUCGCCUCGCUCUGUAGAGUACCUGCGGUGCGUCGAAGGAGUGUCCGAGAUAGUGGGCUGAGAUUCUUUCGUGAGGGAGUACUACAUGCCUGCUACAAAGAGACAUGACAAUGAGGCCAAUGAACUUAAGUGCUAGUAGGAGUAGUUGGGCAUGGCAGGCGCGAAUAGCUCCUUAUUGUUCUUGCACGAGAGUC